AAAUUACAUAAAAAUGUCAAAUUUCAACUACAAGAAGUUGUUCAUCCAUAAUAUUGACUACAAGACUACCUACCAAGAGAUUUUCGAUGCUUUCGAUCGGAUUGGCAAAUUGAGGUACUGCGAUGUCCCAGUCGACAAGAACAAAAGAUUAAAGGGAUAUGCCUUCGUAGAGUAUUUCGAUUCCAGACUUGCGGAAGUGGCUCUUAAUAGACUUAACAACACCCAUAUUGGAAUCAGAGCUAUCAAGAUAGAGUUCUCCAACAAGUUGAAGGAAGGGAGCACUGUCAACCAGAGCAAAAGUGAAGGAUUAUCCCCCCGCAAGACGACCCAGAGAGAUCAUAAUAGAGGUGGCCGUAGAUCUCGUGAUUAUGAGCAAUCUGAAGAAUCUAAAAGAAGAGGAUCCAGAUCUCCUCCCUCCUAUUCCAGAAAGAAGAUCAACUCUCAAGAUAUCAGGAAGGACUACCUCAAAGCCUUCUAUGAGCCUGGCGAGUUCUAUGAUGAGACCCCAGCACCAGCCGAAAUGGAUAAUUUCUUAAAGAAGACCAUAAAAGAGGCCCCUACACGACAAGUACGAUGACAGAAGAAUAAGCAAGAAAGAGUACAGCAGAGACAGAAGAGAUAGAAGAGACUACAGAGACUAAUAUUUCCAACUUUUAAGUGCUAGAUAGAUCACUAAUUCUCAGGAUAUGUUAUUGACCUAAAAGAUUGCCCUCCUCAUUGAUAUUUUGAAUCCUCUUUUUAAGCAGAUAUUUAGGUAUCUAAUUGGUAUUGCUCAGUGUGCUAGCCCCUCUUGACUGUACUAUUAUGUUCUCACUGCUAGAAAUGUACUUGGGUUGGUUAUUAGAAAUUUUUCUCCUGUAAAGAUCUCAUGAACCCUGCUAUCCUCCUUGUUACUAGCCUAAUUAUAUUGUCAAUUUAUCAAA